UGCCUGGAAGGGGUUAGAGGGUUUGCUCGUUUCCAGUCCUGCCCAUUCUCUCUCAAGGAGGAGGGACGGGAGCAACCAGUGCUGCGAGUAUUUUGACACCCACAGUCUUCAGAUCGGAUGCUGACACCUUCACACCAGUGAGAACCUGCUAAAUAUACCCACCAGUGCCCGUCUACGCGCGACAUAGAGGACGGAAAUCAGUCAUUUGAGGGAGUGACCCGACCGCGCGCCCGCAGAAGCGCCCACAGCCCGUUGCCAACGAGCCGAGGACGCGCUGUCAAAUCUCUCUAGACUUUGGAUUAUGAAAUUCAAGCAGCUACAGCACUGACUGUGCGAGAAUCUCCCGCUUUUUAGUACUGUGACUUUCUUCACGUUACAGAAGAGGACACAGCGGUUCCCUGGGUCUGAGUGACAGGAUCUUUCUCCAGCUUCCAAACUACCGCGUGGAAUCAAAAAUAAUAAUUACACGAAAUCCUGAGGAUAUAACUGAACAGAUUUCUUUGAGGAUGUACUGGCUUUUGCUCUGUGUGACUCUAACGGGAUUGUCCGUGGCUCGCGCUGUAACGGUAAGACCCUGCAGUGAGAAAAUAACAAUCUCCAAGGCCGGGUAUGUGACCUCUCCUAAUUACCCGAUUGGAUACCCGGUGAACCAGCAAUGCACCUGGCUGAUCCAGGCGCCUGAUCCACAGCAGAAGAUCCUCAUCAACUUCAAUCCGCAUUUUGACCUGGAAAGUCGGGAAUGCAAGUACGAUUUUGUACAGGUGUUUGAUGGUGCGGAUGAGAACGCUCCCUCUCCUGGGAGAUUCUGCGGCAAAAUCGCCCCGUCUCCGAUUAUCUCUAGUGGAAACUCUUUACUCAUCAAAUUCACCUCCGACUAUGAAAGCACAGGAGCCGGAUUCAGCAUCCGCUAUGAGAUACACCGCACAGGUACUGAAUGUUCCAGAAACUUCACUGAACCGCACGGAGUGUUCCAAACCCCUGGAUUCCCUGAUAAUUAUCCAAACAACCUGGAGUGCACCUUCAUCAUCUUUGCACCCAAGAUGGCAGAGAUCGUUUUGGACUUCCAGAGCUUUGAUAUGGAAUCGGACCCAUCUGCACCUGCGGGGGCUCUCUGCAGAUUUGACUAUUUGGAGAUCUGGGAUGGAUAUCCUACAGUGGGGCCUCAUAUUGGUCGAUACUGUGGUUCCAGACCGCCAAGUCGUGUGAUCUCGUACACCGGCAUUCUCUCUCUCACCAUCCACACAGACAACGCCAUCACCAAGGAGGGUUUUUCAGCAAAUUACAGCAUCCGAACCAGCUCAGACCAAUCUCACCAACACCAAGGUGAGUGUAUGUCUCCUUUAGGGAUGGAAAACGGUGAAAUCACAGAAGACAUGAUAACUGCGUCAUCACAGUAUAAUCCCAGCUGGUCUCCACUGCGCUCCAGACUGCAUUACCCCGAAAACGGCUGGACGCCAUCAGAGGAUUCUGCUCGGGAGUGGAUACAGGUGGACUUGGGUUUCCUGCGGUACGUGACGGCCAUAGGAACACAAGGUGCCAUAUCAAAGGAAACAAAAAAAUCAUACUACGUCAGAACAUACAAGAUCAGUGUGAGCUCAAACGGAGAGGACUGGAUAACCCUAAAGGACAAAACCAAACAGAUGGUGUUCAAUGGAAAUCAAAAUCCCACAGAUGAGGUACGCACCAGACUGCCCAAACCCACCCUCACCCGUUACCUACGGAUACGACCUCAGACUUGGGAACAGGGCAUCUGCAUGCGUUUCGAAGUGUACGGCUGUAAAAUAUCAGACGCUCCAUGCUCCAGUAUGAUAGGGAUGGUUUCGGGUCAGAUUUCGGACUCUCAGAUCUCAGUGUGGCCGUCGGCAGAGAGGGGCUGGCUCCCUGAACAGGCCCGGCUGCUGACCGGCCGAACGGGCUGGGUGGUCACUCACCCACAGGGUCUCGUGAAGAACCAAUCACUGGAGAUAGAUCUGGGGGCCCAGCGGAUGGUAACAGGUCUCAUUCUGCAAGGAGGGAAAUACAGAGACGUGAAUAUUUUCAUCAAACGCUUCAGAGUUACAUACAGCACGAAUGGAACAGACUGGAGUCACAUACUGGAAGAGAACAGCAACAAAGUGAAGGUGUUUAUGGGAAAUCUGAACCACGACACACCAGAAGUGCGUACUUUUGAUCCAGUGCUGCUGCGUUUCCUGCGCAUCUACCCUGAGCGUGGCUCUCCUGACGGCAUAGGGUUAAGGCUGGAGGUUUUAGGGUGUGACCCACAAGAGCCCACAACACCUCUUCCCUUCACCACCACCAUGGAAACUACAGUACCCACAGUCACUAGCGCUCCAGGGAAUAUUCCAACAACCACCAUUAUUCCGACUGUGGAGAGUUGUGAUGAAUACGGCAACUGCCAUAGUGAAUCAGUGACAGACUACGACACAACAGAAACUGCAGUAGCAGAGCCAUUUCUGGACAUGGAAGCAGUACCUGAAUACAUCUGGUUUGCCUGCGACUUUGGCUGGGCUGAUAACCCCUCCUACUGUGGGUGGAGUCAAGACGGUGGUGAAGGAGCCGAAUGGCAUAUAAACAACAACAGCAAACACACUGAUCACAAACUGCCUAAUCUGGACCACACAGGGAUGCCUCACAACUUCAUUUACGCAGCUUCUAACAGAAAUGAACAGAUUGAGAUCGAAAGAAAGGCCGAACUGGAAACAGGUGAAGAGAUGGUGAGAAAAGGACAGGUGGCAAGGCUAGCCAGUUUGCCGGUCACGGCCCCAUAUUCAGACCUGUGCAUGUCUUUCUGGUACCACUUCACUGAGAAACACACGGGAACUCUGAACAUCAAACAGAAGAUCGAGGUGGAGAGCGACGAGCAUCUGAUCCGCUCUGUAAGCGGCCAGUUGAAAAGCAGAUGGAGGGAAGGCAGAGUUGUGAUUCCCAGUGCCAACACACCUUAUCAGGUGAUCAUCGAGGCCCAAGUGGAUCCUACAGAAUCUGGUUUCAUCUCACUGGAUGAUAUAAAGAUACUGAAUGAAGUGAAUCCUGAAGAGUGCAAGGACCCAGAGAAUACAGAAGAUGAUGAAGAUGAAAUUGAUGAAAUUGUGAACUGUGAGGGAUCUGACAACACCCUGUGGAGUUUUGGACGCGGCUCCAUGCUGAAGAGUUUAGACCCCAUCUUGAUCACCAUCAUCGUGAUGAGCGCCGUGGGAGUCCUGCUGGGCGCCGUGUGCGGGGUGCUGUUCUACUGCGCCUGCGCUCACACUACAAACAGGAACCUCUCCGCUCUGGAGAACUACAACUUUGAGCUGGUGGAUGGAGUCAAACUAAAGAAAGAAAAACUCAGUGCACAGAAAUCUUACUCAGAGGCAUGAGGAAUGCUGGACGAACACAGGAAACAUUUGCCGGACAAUGUUGGAGGAACGUUUUUAGAACACUGUUGCGACGUUUCUCAAGGUCAAGACUGAGCGUUAUUCUCAGGACGUGCAGGAAGAGGGACUGGCCUCUAGAGGGCGCCUUGUAUAGAUUGUACAGCCAGACGAUGAUUGUCUACUUGUUUGUACAUUUGUUGCUGGUGAUGAGACCAAGACAAAACUAUGUAUCCUCUCACACAGUUGGAUAUUUUUUUCUACAAACCCCUUUUUUUAGAGCUGUAUACAACUGGGUUUUCAGUGUUUAUUGUGCUCGUUUAUGUUUGGAGACGUGUUUGUUCAGUUGGUAACUCACAUUUCAUUCCAAUGGUGCCUUUAAAUGUGUUUUUGUUGCCUUUUCACACAUGGAUUCCUGCCGUUACACAGACAGUCAUUUGCUCUUGAGCACAAACUGUUCACAGACACAGGUCAACACAGGUCAGAGGUCAAAGUUAUACAUCAAAGUUAAUACAUCAUCACUGCAGCAAUCUCAACACGACAUACACAUGACGUCUAUCUCAAUGUUAAGUAGCUAGAAAGAGAUUUUAUCACUUUAUUUGGUCCAUCCUCACUCUAUAUAUUGUAAAACAACAGGCCUGAAGACAUUUCUUGGGUCGGUGCUUUUUUAAACAAUCGAAUAGUAAUAUGGAAAUUUUUAUUUCUUUCAGCUGCCCAUAUACGUCUGUAAACUUGUGUUGCCAUGGUAUCAAGUGACAUCAUAUUUCAGAAUGACAUCACAAUAUCUGUGGACCAUCUGUGAAAAUAGAGUCUCCUAGACUGGACCCCUCCUGAUCAGGAGACGCUCACUCUGGGAACGUCUGGGAAUGGAAGCGGAGACAAAGCAAAUGAAGCAUCUAAGAGCGCUAAUGUAGAAGCAUCUCCCUAAGGAAAUUAAUUAUAUUUGAAGAAUGCGACAGGCACAAACUGAUCCGUGCUCUUGAGCAUUGGCAGGACAAGAAAGACGAGAUGACUCAAGUGCUGACAAAGGCAUCUUGGUCUUUUUCACACACAAUGCAGAAAUGUGCUUCAUUUUUAGCAGCUUGAAGGAGGCGCCAGAAACUUUUCUCCCACUCAAAUGAACCAACGUAUGUCAUUUUGCACUGAAAAUUAUAUUUAAUGAAAGAUUUAGAUAGAAAUAAAAGUGUUAACUACUUUAAAUUGUAAGAGAGAUCCAACUGUCAGUGUAACAGCUCACUUUUUUAAUGCUAUUUAAAAUGAAAUGGUAUUUUUCUUAAUUGUAAUAGUUGUUUUUGUGUCCUGAGGAACUGAAGUGACACUCAACUGGCUUUUCGUCAGAAAAAAAAAAAAAUCGAAGUUUAGAUGUUAUGAAGUCCAGUCUGUCUGGUGGCUCUUUCGUAUUCACAGUUCUGUGAUCAACAGAAAAAAAGAAAGAAAAAAAGACUGGAGACUUAUGUCCUAUCUGCAUCAACUAAUUCAAUUUUCAGAUUUAUUCAGAUUUAUGGAUUUCUCAAUGACAACAACAUUCCAAAGAGCGAAGUUAAUAAAGUUUUUAUAAAGA